GAUCUUUUGUUGCUGGGGUUGCCGCUCGCAGGCUUAGACGCUUCUGCAGGGGGAGAAGCUAUGCAGGACAGAGUGCUUGGAAGAACCGUACCCGGGGUUUUCAAUGACAAACCUCCAGUUUUGGGGUCUUCUUUUCACUUCUUCCUUUCAGAUACGUCAUGACGGAUCAAACAGUUACCGUUUGAUGCAGCUUGGAUGCCUGGAGUCUGUGGCCAACUCGACCGUCGCCUAUUCCUCCUCAUCUCCUCUCACUUACUCUACCACGGGCACCGAGUUCGCCUCCCCGUACUUCUCCACUAACCACCAGUACACCCCACUGCACCACCAGUCCUUCCACUACGAGUUCCAACACAGCCACCCGGCAGUCAACCCCGACGCUUACUCCUUGAACUCUCUCCACCACUCCCAGCAAUAUUACCAGCAGAUCCACCAUGGAGAACCCACUGAUUUUAUCAACCUGCACAAUGCGCGGGCACUCAAGUCCUCCUGCUUGGACGAGCAGAGGAGAGAGCUGGGGUGCUUAGAUGCUUACCGCCGCCACGACCUGUCUCUUAUGAGCCAUGGAUCCCAAUAUGGGAUGCAUCCAGAUCAAAGACUCCUGCCAGGACCAAGCCUCGGGCUUGCAGCCUCGGGAGCAGACGAUUUGCAGAGCUCAGUGGAGGCCCAGUGUGGACUUGUACUCAACGGGCAAGGAGGUGUGAUAAGAAGAGGUGGCACCUGUGUUGUCAACCCCACUGACCUGUUCUGCUCCGUUCCUGGUCGCUUGUCCCUGCUCAGCUCCACUUCCAAGUACAAGGUGACUAUUGCAGAGGUGAAGAGGCGCCUUUCACCACCAGAAUGCCUCAACGCCUCCCUCCUCGGAGGUAUUUUGAGAAGAGCAAAAUCCAAGAACGGAGGACGCUGCUUGCGAGAAAAAUUAGACAGACUUGGACUAAAUUUGCCUGCAGGAAGAAGAAAAGCAGCAAAUGUCACACUUCUGACUUCCCUGGUAGAAGGGGAAGCACUGCAUUUGGCCAGAGAUUUCGGCUACACCUGUGAAACAGAGUUCCCUGCCAAGGCAGUAGGAGAGCACAUUGCCAGACAGCACAUGGAACAGAAAGAGCAGACAGCGAGGAAAAAGAUGAUCCUAGCGACGAAACAAAUAUGUAAAGAAUUCCAGGACCUUCUAAGUCAAGACAGAUCACCCCUCGGAUCCUCCAGACCGACUCCAAUAUUAGACCUCGACAUCCAGAGACAUUUAACACAUUUCAGUUUGAUCACUCAUGGUUUUGGAACUCCUGCAAUAUGUGCUGCCCUAAGCACUUUCCAAACUGUUCUCAGUGAAAUGCUGAACUACUUGGAAAAGCACACAUCGCACAAAAACGGAGGAGCGGCGGAAUCCGGCCAAGGACACGCCAACUCGGAGAAAGCCCCCCUGCGGAAAACUUCAGAGGCUGCUGUGAAAGAGGGCAAAACAGAAAAGACAGACUAGCUACAUCAAACAGAAUCUAUUUCGAGAGAGUCUUGCUGCUGAU